GAUUACUGAUACUUCUCAGCGCUUUCUGGGCUACCGUGUCUGCGGCAGUCGACGUGAAAACGCAGGACUUGGACAGCGAAGACGUAGAUGGUCCUCCUUUCAAUUUCACAUCCUCUGAGCACCUUCAACUUGAGGCGCGAGACUCCGACCCAGGAGAGGACGGCAUCGUGAAACAGGUAAAUCCACCAACAAUGGUCAUGACUAAUGACCAGCCUAGUCACUUUUACGGCUUUAACAACGGCGAACCCUUCAUCCUCGAAAAAAUCCCCGAGACGAAAAGCGACGCGACCAAAGGCACGACGCUAUCCUCCGGCUUAGGAGAUUACUAUGAGGACAUCGAAGGAGAUGACAAGCACGUCAUCGUCAAGGACAACAAGAACUAUAAGCCAGACUCGAUUGAUCGGAAAGACAACGUCCAUAAAUAUUAUCGCCCGAACGACAUUCCAUCUAAUCCGUUCAAAAUCACGUCCGACCUGCAUCAAUUCUUGAACCUACCAGUGCACUAUAGCACGAGCGACAAGUUUCCCCUAAUUUCGAACUCGUAUGCCAACAUGAAAAUUCAGGGAACCGGCUCCAAUCACAAGCAGUCCCCGUCAACAUCUUCGACAACGUCAACCGUAUCGCCCUCCUAUUAUACGAUGAAACACUCGCCAACUUCCGACCGAAGUACUACGCCUGUAACAACGCUGAGGUCAACCUCAAAUCAGUUCACCACUUCGACGACACCAUCCACCACAGAAUCCACCACAGUCAGGCGACUAACCACCACCACCGCUGCCACCACAACAACAUCUAAGAGACCAUCCUCAAUUUUCGAUUUCGAGGACCUUGCAUACUCAGACUAUGAUUACGACACGGCUGGAUCAUCCAGUUAUCCACAAAAACCACCCAUAAACGAGUACGAUCAACCGAUUGUAAAACCUACCAGUCCCAAAUCGACCACGAUGACGGAGAAUUUGGAAAUCAAAACUUCCGAGUCCACAUCAACCACAACUACGCAAUCAUCAACAACCACAACCACCACAACCGAAAGCCCACCAAGCAGCACUAGACUGACAUCCUCUUAUAGCGCUGCGGCCUCGACGACAAGACCAAGCACCACAACCACAACUACAACCAUGGCGCCAACUACAACCACGACACCGAAGGUCAGCAUCGUAACGUCUUUACCCAUCGAUAGCAGUAAUGCUUAUUACAUAAGUCAAGGGGCCAGUGGGUUCUCUAAGGCUAGUGAGGGCACUGAGAAAUCUACGCAGUCUACCCGUGUGACUGAAGAAAACAAGAUUCAUCAACAGGCAACUACUUACUCGGGUCCCCAGUACCACGCUGUGAACAAUAAUCGAGAUGGACAACAGAAUGAGAAGCCAACGGUGCUCUUUAAUUUUAACGGAGGCGAUGAACCGUUCCGACCCAUCCACAACCCGGAACACUACCAGCCGAAGAAUAGCAGUCAAAGACCCGUUCAGACUCAGACAGAGGAUAGCAAUUACUACUUAUCCACACUAAAUCCCUACCAGACGGGGGUAAAAAAGCCAGUCCCUCCUCAUAUUCCUAUGAAACCACCAGGUUCGGAAUUCAUUGCAUUGCCAAAUGGACCACUCAGAGUGCCACCAAAACCGGACCACAUGUUCCAACAGAAACCUAUGCAUCAAGCACAGAUGAGUCAAAUUAAUCAGCAAUAUCGACCCCUCAACAACGGCCCUCAUUUCCCUCCAUCCACGAAACCUAAUCAAAACAAGUACAAUAUGUCCUACCACACGCCACCUGAAUUGCGGCCUCCAAGCGCUCCCGUCAAGAAAACAGAGGGCUCCUCGACUACAAAAUACCAAAACGCGGAAGAUCUGACAUUCGUCAAUAUGAAACCAGGUAAGCCACAGCAAAAUAUCCAAGUUCCUCCGGUGAAACAAUCCGAUAUCGUUCAAGGUCACCCAAUGGGGAACAUAGGAGAAAGUCAGAGCUACUCUCUGCAAACAUCAUUUUCGAUCGGAGUUCCUGACAACGAAAAUUCCGCCUCAUCAAAUAACAUUCGCCCCGCACAAGGUAUCGGUCAAGUUUUACCAGCCAACGACGAGACCGAGGCAACAAGACCUGGACAGGUACUCAACACGCAACGCUUAACUCAAAGUGUUCGACCAGGAAUGGUGCAACAGUUACCCAGUAAGCCCGUGGCUCCCAACAGACCUCCUCAAGACCACAGUAGGCCACAAAAUAAACCAAUUCAAAGGCAUCCUUCUGGCUCACCGCUACCAGUUAGGCCUCCUCCAAAUAAUCGUCCACCACAAAUGUCAGACGCAAAGCCACAAUCACAAGGAAAUUACCCCCGACCUCACUGGGAAUCUCAUUCAGGAAAACCGCAAUUUAUGAAUGGUAACAACCAAGUUUCGGCAGGGCCGAAUCAACCAGGACCAAUUCACGGGAAAGAAAAACCUCAAGGUCAGUAUUACCCCAUGAACAGAGGGAAGCCAGAGGUUGACAACAAGCAACCACUCCCUAACAUUCUACCUCAGUUUAGACCGAAUGCCAAAGUAGGCACGGCCGAAUACCCGCCACAUGGAAAUCAUCCUCAGUACGGUCCGAAUCAUCACCCACAGAUGGAAAGACGAAGAGAACCCACAGAUAAGCUGAGACCUCCACCUUUGCCGAGACCACAAUUUCUUCGAAUCAAUAGGAAUGAUGACGAAAAUUCAAUGGUUGAUGAGGAAAUCAGAGAAUCGUUAUUAUACCCAGAAAAAGAGUCGAGGACUAACCAAAGACCGAGCAUGAAUGCACAACAACCGAGUAGAGUUACAACUUUACAAAUGAUGCAACACGGGUCUGCAUUUGCCCCACAACGACUAGUUCGAAAUGAGGAAACACUCGAGACUAAAGCAGGAGAUAAAAAGCCUGUGCACUUAGUUUAUCCAAUGACCGGAAAAACCUCCCAACAAAAGAACGAGGGAGUCGUCAUAGUGGGCGUAAAGGGACCUCAAAGGCCUCUCCCACCGCCUGACCUAGACCUGACCGACGAUGAUCAAUCAUUUCCAAUGGUAGACAAGCAAAAACCUUUUCCCCUGCCUGCCAGAGACCGACCCGACACACCUAUCCUCAAAACCAAACUGAACAUCAAACCCAUCAAGAACGAUUUCCCGUACCCAUUAGUCAAGCCAAACGCUAAUGCAGGGAAUGAAGACACUAUCAAUAACGAAAAGAAAUACCACGAGCUAGCACAAAACAAUAUAAAACCGGACAGCAAUAGCAUCAGUGAGUACACAGCGUACAGUCCAACCAAACGGACGGACAUCGAUGUCGAAGAUGACAUGACCAAGUUAGCCGAUGAAGCUGUGAACUUGAUUCCUUACCUACAGGACUACAUGCCUUACGCUACGAAGAAGCCACUGGUCAAAAUCCCGACCAAAUCACCUGUUUACAAGAAGGACCCUCUUCCAGACUGGGCAAGUGAGAAGUACGAGUCCAACAAACCUAUCAGCGUCACGCUCACCAACACACCAGCCGAAGAAGCAGCGACGGAAAACCGAACUUCAGAUAUGUCGACGAGGCCCUCCGAGCCAUUCUAUUCGGGUCUCUUGCAAACGGAGGAGAACAAGCGCGUCGCAGUGAUCAACAAGAACUCGAACGGAAACGAGUACACCCUCUCAACGAUCAUGCACACCCAUCCGACCCAACAGAAGGAGUCCAUCGAGUACGAGCCGAUCUCGAGCUCGGGCAGUUACUCCUCGGGCAGCUUCAACCACAAACCCCAAACACCGGACUCGGUGCCGCAGUCGGUGAACCUAGAGGCACCGUUCCAGGCGAGCAUCAGCGCGCCGCAGCACGAAACACACGGAUGGAGCGUCAUAGGAAGUAUACGACGGCCCGAGGACGAGCUCGACAGGAGCGACUCCAACCACACCGUCCACCAAACGGAGGCUCAGACCGAAGAGUCCACGUUCGACUUCGACAACUUCAAACCGCAGCUCAUGGGCGGCUUCAAGCCUAUCCUCCCACCCUCAGCCGAGGACACUGCCAUGGAGACGGAAUCCGAUAUCAAAAUAGACUCGGAGGAAGCCAAGUCAUAACGCUCAUUCACCUCUUCGCCGUAGAAAUAAUUCCGACGCCAAAGUAGCUUUCUUACCGAACCAGCUCCUGCCUGAUCCGUCCAGGUAAUCGCAACAUUCGAUACUGCGGGAUUAUGUGAGCCACAUUCCAUUAAAAAAACUUAUACCUACUGUAGGUGCUGUAGUGGCGGGUUCUUCAAGCAUACCAUCUGUGCUGGGUUUAAAGGCCGUAAAUCUAGGAUUCAAGAUCCCUUCAGGGCCGGAUUUAGGAUAUUUGGCCUAACAGGCGCAGUCCGUGGUGCGGGCUUCUCUUAGGUGCAUCUCCCCGGAGGAGGAGAGGACACUAAGGGAUGAACACUUUCAGUUAAGGCGAGUCCAAGGGGCCUCCUUCGAUGAUGUUUUAACCCCUCUUAAACGCAAUUCAAGGCGUUUUUUGAAAGGUACUGUAAGGGAGAUAAGAGAGGGGACAUCCUGUGACAACUGUAAGCCUUUGAGAAACAAGUGAAUGUACUAUGGUCGAGAAAAAAUUAAAAAUUAAUAUAUUGGAGAGGGAGAAAAAAGAGACUUUUUGAUGCAGGCCCCUGUGCGCUCGCCUAAACGGUAAAUCUGGCCCCGCGGAGUUCCGGCUGCUACAGCCGGAGAAUUUGAAGCUACGGCUCCCAAGUCGAGAAAAACAGUCUCUGGACCUGUGACAGAUGGUAUGUCUUCGUAUCCUGGAAUCACGGCUUUCAGGCUCGGAACUUUUUUUCAGGGUUUAACAGUCGCGGAAGAGACCUGCAACUCGUCAUAUUUGUUGCCACGAGAAGGGUUGGUGUACAUUUUCAAAUCGACCGCUCAAAACUAUCUUCGGUACUGAUUUUCAACUUACUCGUAACUUGCAGAAAAAUUUCGAAACGUUUUUUACGAUAGUUAA